AUGGGUCUCAUGGGUCUUGGCUAUCGACGACCUGAAUUCGUCGACAAAGACCAAUUCAGACGAACUCAAUCGUCACUAGACGAGAAUGACUCCCUCAGGUCUGGGAGAUCCAACGCCUCUGCCGGCAUCCCAAGCGCUUUGACCUUUGACAAGAUCAUAACCGGUGGCACUUGCCCUCCUUGCACUGUCCGUGACUUCAUGAACUAUCUCAUAUACAUUGAGAGAUCAGCCGAGAAUCUGCAAUUCUUCCUCUGGUAUCGUGACUACGUCAAGCGCUUCAAGGAAGCCGACACGUCGGAUAUCAACCUCGCCCCCGAGUGGACACAGGCCAUGGAGGAGGAUACCGUCACAAGACUCCAGAAGGAGCAGGCAGACAAGAUGCGGAGGGAGCCAGCUGGCGCCGAGAUCUUCAAAGGCACUGACUUUGAGAAGCGCCCUGGCCCUACCGUCCAUGAGACCAAGGACCCUUUCUCCACGCCGCCCCGCACACCCGGCGAGCAGGACUCUCAGUACACUGGAUCGAAUGCUUUCAGCUAUCGGUCGCAAGCGAACGAUGCCUUCAGUGCUGCGGGUGCUAAAGUGCCUUUCACUAUCCAGCCCUUCCGAGCGGAAAUCGACCGUGUCAUUGCCACAUACAUCAUGGAUGAGGCACCACGGCAACUCAACCUCUCAUCCCGGGAGCAGAAGGCGACCCUUCAGGCUCUCGCUUACACCACGCACCCGUCUGCCUUCCGCAUAGUCGCCAAGUCCAUCGAGUCUACGCUCCGGCAGCAAGCCCACCCCAACUUCAUCCGCUGGUCGAUCUGCAACGGCAACCCGGCGCGCGUCUUCUUCGCCCGCGGGCUCGGCGUAUCUCUCAUCCUCAUCAGCACCGUGGUGGCUAUUGUGCUGACACUUAGCCGCGCGCGCAGAGGCUACGCGGCGCUGGCGGCGAUCGGGUGGGUGCUGGGCAUCUCGACGCUGGUGGCGGCGUGGAAGGGCAUGUGCGUGGUGCUGCACGGGAUGCACCACCGGCACGUGCGGCCGUGGGAGCUGUUUGUGGACCCGGAGGAGCAGCUGGACUCGCUGUCGGCGACGGAGAGCGGCUCCGGCUCCGGCCCCGGCCGCGGCCGCAAGACGACCAAGGACUCGUUCGACUCGUUCGGCAGCGCCAACAGCUACGAGGAGGAGCCGUGGGUCGUCAAGUACCAGCGCCGCAACGUCAUCCGCAAGAUCUUCGACCGCGAGGUCUGGAUCCAGGAGCCCGCCCUGCGCCAGAUCCAGGACACCAUCUUCGUCCAGAGCAUGCUGUGCGCGCUGCUUGCUGCGGGCGCCCUGACGGCUCUCUUCGUGGCUGUUCCGAGGGGCCACUUCUUCUAA